AUGGUACGCGCAGUGUGGAAGAAGCUACUGAGUGACGUCUCCAUCCAGAGGUCCUCCCAGACCUUGUCCGUCAUCGGCGGGAACGCAUAUAUAUAUGGCGGCGAAUUGAGGCCCAGAGAGCCUGUCGACUCGGCUGUUUACCGUAUUUCAACCGAUCGUGGCAAUGUAUCGGCUACUACGAUAUCAGCCAUCACUGGGCUGCCGAAUACGCCCCAGCCACGAGUCGGUGCCACAUCCACUGCCCUCGGAGGAAAGAUUUAUAUCUUCUCAGGACGCGGCGGAAUAGCGAUGGCCCCAAUCGAGGAAGCCGGCGCUAUCUGGGUAUUCGACCCAGCAACGAGCGCCGAGCAGUGGUCACAACUAAAGCCCAGUGACUCUGGCGCACCAUACCCUGCCGGCCGCAGUUACCACGCAGUGACCAACAAUGGAAAAGACACCAUCUUCGUACACGCUGGAUGCCCGGAGAAGGGCCGACUUCUCGAUCUCUGGGCUUUCAACAUUUCCACUAAAGCGUGGACUGAAUUACCGCACGCGCCGGGCCCGGAGAGGGGAGGUACCUCCAUCGCAUACCACGAUGGAAAGAUCUACCGCAUGAAUGGGUUCGAUGGGAAAACUGAACAGGGAGGCGCAUUGGAUUUGUUCGACCUUGCCACCAACGCAUGGAGUACUAUUACAUACGCAGCUGAUGGAACCAACGGCCCAACUGCGCGAAGUGUGAGCAGCCUUCUGGCUUCUGUGGUCGGCGAAAAAGCGUCCCUUGUCACGAUGUUUGGUGAGCACGACCCGAGUAGCCUAGGCCAUCAAGGGGCAGGGAAGAUGCUUCCAGAUGUUUGGUUGUUUGAUAUCGGGUCGAAGACUUGGUCGAAGGUCGAAGUGGAUGGAGAAGUUCCGCCUCCCCGUGGGUGGUUUGAUGCAGAUAUAGCCGAUGGACAUCAAUCUGGUAUCAUUGUCCAUGGUGGGCUUGCAGAGUCGAACGCGCGUUUGGGUGAUGUAUGGUUGUUGGAGUUUUGA